CGGGAAAUCACGCGGCAGCUCAGACGCGACGCGACCUCAAGUCAUGCCCCCAAAGGUGAAAGUUGCAGAGAGCGGCUUGAGGGAUAUACGUAGUUUUUUCGGGAGGGGGAAUGCCACGUCUCAAAUAUCUUCGCCGGGGCCUUCUUCACAGAGCUCGAAACCACCGACGCAGUGUCUAAGCCAUGCAAUUUAUCCUAUUUCUAAUGCAGAAAACAAGGCAUCAUCGGCGAAUGCAGGGAUAUCUAAUUCUUCCUCUAGCGGAUCAAGUCGGAAGCGAAACCACCCUGUGCUCAUAUCUGAUGCAAGUGAUGCUGAGCAGGAGAAGAAAAAAACAAUCCAAAGACCGAAACCUGUCACACCUGCCAACUCUCCCUCAAAACCAACCUCAGUUACUGAAGAGACACCUCCACCGGUGGCACAACCUGCUAAGAAGAGACCAAGGGUAAUUCUUUCCGACUCCGAUGAUGAUGGUCCCCCACAACGGAAACCGGCUUCGCCCCAAAAAAAAGCUUCUCCAUCAAAGUCGAAAGCCAAUCCCAGUCGAAAAUCAACUGGAGGGAAACGUGCACAUCAGGGCGACGGCAGUGAGGCCGAUGCCCAGUUCACGGAAGAAGACAAACCUAAGCCUCAAAAGAAGCGGAGAGCAUCGACGGGCUCUAAAAAAGCGCGGAAAUCUGUGGUCAAUGAGGAGGAGGAUGUUAAGACGACGGAAGAGGAAGUUAUUAAACCACCACGGAAAGCACGGAAGCCCAACUUAAAAGGAGAAACAACGUCCGAGCCUAUCCCAGUCGAGGCCCCCAAGAAGGACCCCCAGAAGAAGUGGAUACCACCUGCUGCAAAAGGACCGCCCCCAGCCCAAGGUUCCAAGCUCGUCCCAGAUGGUGAUCCAAAUGCCCUUGCUGGGCUCACCUUUGUCUUCACGGGGGAAUUAUCUGCAUUCUCUCGAGAUGAAAUCGUUGACCUAGCCAAACGUUAUGGAGGGUACGCAAUAGGCAGGCCAAACUGGGCUUCUUCUUACGUCACCGUUUCAGGCGACGAAGGCGCGGGUCCGAAAAAACUGGCUGACAUCCAGCGACUUGGGAUCAAAACUCUCGACGAGGACGGUUUCUUGGACCUCAUUGGUACGCGCAAAGGCGAGUUAGACACGAAGGCAAAGGAGAAGCUAAAGAAAGAGGAGGAAAAAAUGAAGAAAGAUGUUGCAAAUAUGGAGAAGCGCGAGAAGGAAAUGCAAGGGAAAGGUGCUGACUCUUCCGCCCAAUUAUGGACGACAAAGUAUGCCCCGCAAACUCUGAAGGAGAUCUGCGGUAAUAAAGGUCAAGUUGAAAAACUUCAGGCAUGGCUACGUGAAUGGGAAAAGAAUCUUAAAUCCGAGUUCAAGAAAGGCGGUCCGAACGGGACAGGGCUCUAUCGCGCUGUGUUGAUCACAGGACCACCAGGCACUGGGAAGACAACAAGCGCGCAUCUUGUGUCAAAGUUAGAGGGUUUCCAACCUAUUGAAUUAAAUGCUAGUGACGCUAGGAGCAAGAGGCUCGUUGAGAACAGCACAAACAUCAUGAACACAUCUUUGGAUGGCUGGAUGGGUAGUCAGAGCAGGUCAACAAAUGUGGCUGGAGUUGAAAUCUCUGACAAAAGCGUUCUUAUCAUGGACGAAGUCGAUGGCAUGUCUGCCGGUGACCGAGGGGGGGUUGGGGCAUUGAACGCAUUGAUCAAGAAGACUAAAAUCCCCAUCAUUUGCAUAGCAAACGAUCGACGAGCACCGAAACUCAAGCCAUUGACCAAUACUUGCUUCUCCUUGCCUUUCAAGAAGCCCGAAGCCAAUGCUAUGAGAUCGAGAUUGCUGACUAUUGCAAUGAGAGAGAAGCUCAAAAUCUCAGCCAAUGUAGUGGACCAGUUAGUGCAAGGGGCGAACUCGGACAUGCGUCAGGUAUUGAAUAUGCUAUCCACCUGGAAAUUGUCGAGCGACAGUAUGGACUUUGAGGAAGGGAAACAACUCGCUGCUGCCAACGAAAAACAUGUCAUCAUGACCCCAUACAGUGUCACAGAAAAGAUCUUGGGACCCUAUGUUUUCUCGCGGACGUCGCGCGAGACCCUCAAUGACAAAAUUGAGUAUUAUUUCCAUGACCACUCCUUUGUGCCACUCUUUAUUCAGGAGAACUAUUUGAAGCCAACUCCUGCUCGACUUCGUGGUUCGAUGGAAGGGCCAGAGAUGGACAUGAAGCGACUCGAGCUCAUGGACAAAGCGUCUAGUGCCAUAUCCGAUGGUGAUCUGGUGGGCGCCAUGGUUAUGAGGGGCCAGCACUGGGGCUUACUGCCAUUGCACGCUAUCCAUUCAACAGUUCGUCCGUCGUUUCACAUAUAUGGGAUGGGAGCAGGGUACGCCGGCAGCAAUGCGGUUACUUUUCCUAGCUGGCUGGGGCAAAAUUCGAAACAAGGAAAACUGCAGCGACAGCUUAAUGACGUGCAAACCCGUAUGCGUCUCAAAGUCUCUGGUGAUCGACAUGAGAUCAGACAGAGCUAUAUUCCGUCUUUAUAUCCGCACAUCGUGCAACCACUGAUGAUGAAAGGCAACGUCGAUGUUGAUGAAGUCAUUGAGUCGAUGGACCAAUACUAUAUCUCGAAAGAGGAUUGGGAUACAAUAGUAGAGCUCGGCGUCGGUGACUAUGCACAAGACGUUGUAAUGAAGAAAAUUCCUUCAGCCGUAAAAAGCGCUCUCACACGGAAAUACAAUUCUUCUGAGCAUCCUGUCCCCUUCCACAAAGCCACUGAGCUCGGAUCCAGGCUGGCAAAGAAGAUUGCCAAAGGAGAAGUGCCCGAUCAAGAGGAUGUCAUCGAGUUUGAUGAAGCGGAGGAUGAAGUUGAUGAAGCAUCUGCAGAAGAGGACAAUGAUCUUUCCCGUGAUAAAUUUAUCAAAGGAAAAGGGUCAAGCAUGAUCCAGGCAAAAUCUAAAUCUAAGGCAAACCGUAAGUGACAUACGUGUGGACACUAGCUUUGUUGUAUGACAAC